GAUACUUUUUUGGAAAAGCUUGCGACCCAAGUCAUCAAAAAUGUACAAGUCAAAAUCACUGGCAUCCAUAUCAAGUAUGAAGACGAUAUCACAGAUCCUAACCGACCAAUUUCUUUAGGAAUGACUCUGGCAGAGCUCAGUUUGCAGACUACUAAUGAAAACUGGACUCCUUGUAUUUUAAAUGAGGCUGCGAAGAUCAUAUACAAGCUUUUGUGCCUUGAUUCCCUCAGUGCCUAUUGGAAUGUGGACAGUGAAAUGUAUUAUCAUUCUUCCCGGGAGCAGAUCUUGGAGCGGUUGAAAAAAGGAGUCCCUUCUAUGAAUCAGGAGCCUCCUGACUAUCAGUACAUAUUUAAGCCUGUAUCGGCUUCUGCAAAACUCUACAUUAAUCCUCAUGCUGAAGUAGAACUAAAAACUCCCAAGGUUGACUGGAGCAUGGAAGUCCAGAGCAUUGCUGUUGAACUGACCAAGCCUCAGUACCUUAGUAUGAUUGAUCUCCUGGAAUCCAUCGAUUACAUGGUUCGAAAUGUCCCGUAUAGAAAAUACAGACCUGAAGUACCUCUGCAUGGGAAUGCCGAACAAUGGUGGAAGUAUGCAGGAAAUUGCAUUCUUGACCUUCACAUCAAGCGAUGCUCACAGAUGUGGUUAUGGAAUAAUAUAAAGAGGCACAGACAACUCCUAAAAAGUUACAAAAACGUUUAUAAAAUUAAACUGACGCAAACCAAAUUGUCAGAAGAAAAUCAGAAACAAAUCCAGGACUUAGAGAAAGCUCUGGAUGUUUUCAACAUCGUUUUAGCAAGGCAACAAGCACAGACUGAGGUCGUUAGGUCAGGACAAAAGCUGUCAAAGAAAUCUGCUGAUGGGGAGAGAAAAAGGGGAUGGUUUUCUGGCUUGUGGGGGAAGAAGGAGUCCAAGAAGAAAGAAGCGGAAGAAGAAAAGUCAGUUCCUGAAAGUAAGCCUGACUCUAACCAGCAGCCCUGCUCCAGAGUGGUGGUUGCAAGCGGCUGAGCGUUCAGCUGGGCUGCAGAGUGGUGAAGUGAAGACACCAGGUUAGUGGGAAUGUGACAGCAGAGGGGAAGGCAGAUGAACAGCGGUACCAGCUCAGCUUUGCGCCUGCUUGGCGGCAGCAAGAGGGACGGAGCGCCAACGCUUCUUUGUGCUUAUUGUGUCCUCCGACCCCAAUUGGGAGCCCUAUUAAGAGGGACCUGGAUCCUUCUGGAGAAGGGUGUGUUCAUAUAAGCGAUUUAUGUGGCUGUCCAUCUCACAACACUGACUCUGGGUGGCAUACAAAGGUUAAAACCAGCGGUUGCAAACAAUAACCCCUGAUGCCUGAGGUGGACAGUAUGUCCCAGUCAUAGUACUGCAUUAACAGCAGAGCUCACCUAACCACCUGGACCAAACACCUGGGGAGUCAGCAGAAGGCGAAUGGGGUUGGGGCUCUCUGGGGGGGUGCUGUUCCACUUGGAUGGCCCACAUGAUGUUGCCAGAUAAUUUUGCGGGUUUCCUGGCUUGUAUUCUCUCUGGUUUGAGCAGUACAAGUGAGGUAAGUGGGGUGAUGUCU